AUGGCCGCGGAGAAGAGGACUCGAAGAAAGUCAUUCAAGUGCAGCACCUGUAAAAAGGCUUUUAAUACAAAGUCAACUCUAAAUGUGCACAUGAAAAUUCACAGUGAACAGAGACACUACAAGUGUAGCCAAUGUAACAAGUGCUUUAAACAAGCACCAGUUUUACACAGCCACCUCAGGGUACACAGCGAUGAGAGACCCUACAAGUGUAGCCAAUGUAACAAGUGCUUUAAACGAGUAACUGACUUAAACCGGCACCUCAGACUACACAGUGUUGAGAGGCCCUACAAGUGUGGCCAAUGUAACAAGUGCUUUAAACGAGUAACUCACUUAAACCAGCACCUCAGAGUACACAGUGUUGAGAGGCCCUACAAGUGUAGCCAAUGUAACAAGUGCUUUAAACAAUCAGCAGGCUUAUACAAUCACCUCAGAUUACAUAGUGAUGAAAGGGCCUACAAGUGUACACAGUGUAAAAAAUGUUUCCGAAAAUCAUCACACUUACAAGACCAUCUGCGGAUGUAUAACGGAGAAAAGCCCUUCAAAUGUACUCAUUGUGACAAGUGUUUCACACAGUCUUCCAAUUUGAAAACUCACUUGUUAAUACAUAAAAAUGAAGGGCCCUUCAAAUGUACUCGAUGCAAAAAAUGUUUCCGACAAUCUUCUCACUUGCAAGACCAUCUAAGAAUACAUAGCGGGAAAAAACCCUACAAAAGUACCCAUCGUCAAAAAUGUUUCAGAAAGUCCUCAGAUUUGAAAAGACACCUGUCAAUACAUAACAAUGAAAGGCCCUUCGAAUGUUCUCGGUGUAAAAAGUAUUUUCGAAGCUCAUCUCACUUGCAAGUCCAUCUGCGGAUACACAGUGGAGAAAGACCAUUCAAGUGUACUCAGUGUGACAAGUGUUUCACCCGGAAACAGACAUUGUUUUAUCACAAACGAAAAUUCCAUUCAGAUUCACCGCACGAAUGUGAAUCAUGUGGUAAAGAUUUCACUGAUGACAAUGCUCUUAAGAGACAUGAUUGCGAGAAACGAUCAGCUAGAGACAAGGAAAGAUUCACUUGCGGGAUAUGUGAUGAAUACUGCUACGAUCAUUGUGGAUAUCUUUAUCACAUGUAUAAACACAUGCAAGGAUAA